GGCGGGAAGGGGGAGGGGGCUUGGCCCAGGCUCCGUCUUCAAAGCAGCUCCUUCCAGUGGCCAAAGAGAGCCUGUCAAAAAAGAGAAGUGGCCACAGGGGGGAUUCAGAGGGAACAAGGUGGCAGGAAAAGCUGGAGCCUAAUUGAUUUGACGUCCCCAACACCACCGCCAGUGACAAUAAUAAUUAUUUGCAAGCUUUGGCUGAGGGAACCAGUGGCGAAGAGAGGAAGCAGCCGCGAAUCAUGGCCCCCAAGCAUGGCAGCCAGCAGCAGCCAUGUGGCUGACAAUGAGGGUAAAUUCUUGGAUAAUGCCAGUGGGUUACAUCCUUUCCAGACUCUAGAACCAGACCUCAACAUCUCGUGUUUCAUCAUCAGGUGGACUCUCACAGCACUCUCUACAUGUCCCUCCACUUUGCCACCCAGGCCUUCUUACAGCCAGCAGUCAGGUGACCCUUCCUUUCCCUUUGAAGAUCCCUGGCAAUCACCUGGAAUUCUUCCAUCUGCCUCCUUGCCAGCAACAGAGACUUGGAGAUGUCCAUCUUUGACCUUUGGAAACUGGAAGAUGACUUUGGUCCUGCACAGUUGGACAGUUACUUGCUUUGGAAAAUGUCAUCCCAUCUAUCUCAGCGAUGAAUCAGAGGCGUGGGAAAGGAGAGGUCGCCUAAACAUCAUUUCAUUUGUACUGAGUAGAUGGUCAAGAAUUUGUCCCUCUAUUUGUUUUUUCACAAUCUAUCCAAACAGUCCCACUGACAGUGAAAUCCCAUUAUUCAUAACUAAGCAUGUUUCACGACUGAAAGGUUACAGCAGCCUUACCUAAUCUGCUACAACUCAGAUGUACUGGACUAUAUCUCCUGUUUUCAGAAGCGAGCAUGAUGCAUGAUGGGCUUUCUGGAAAAUUGGGAAAGAUGAGAAGCCAAGCAAACAUGAUGGAGAAGCUGAGGAAUUCCCAGUCACCUGUUAAGCCUGAGCAGCCAAGCCUUCCGCCAGCUGUUACCCCAACCUCUCUUCCUUCCCCAGAUGGUGGGGGGAAUGAUGUAGAGGCCACUGAACCCCCCGCCAGCCCCACUUCUUUCUCACCUCAAACAAAGGGGAGCCCUCCUGCUGAGGCUCCCCAUGCAGCACUGCCCCCUAAUAUCCCUGUCAUCAGCCUGGGCUACAGCAAGUCCCCAGCUCCUGUUGAGGUCCCCACAACCCAACUCACUGCCCUACACCCCAUUCCUAACUUCUUGCAGUUCUCAGGUCUACCUGGACCCCCUCCACCAUCCCUGCCUCUGACUGGAGUAAGGAGUCCACUUUUAGCCCCACAAUACCAACCUCAUCCCUUUCUCAACAACCUCUACCUAGGCAACUCGGGGACCUUUGGCCUCUUUCCCAAUAACCGCCUCAAGCGGAGACCAAGUCAUUAUGAGCAAGACAUUACUGAAGGUCUUCAACCCCAGAAAGUGGCACGCCGAGUCUUCACUAAUAGCCGGGAACGGUGGCGUCAACAGAAUGUAAAUGGUGCCUUUGCUGAGCUUCGGAAACUCAUUCCCACCCAUCCACCUGACAAGAAGUUGAGUAAGAAUGAGAUUCUUCGCUUGGCCAUGAAAUAUAUCAAUUUCCUGGUCAAGCUACUGAGUGACCAGGCCAGACUGGCUGGAGGGGAGACUGCUGAAACAGACAGCCCCUGCAAUGGCACUCCCAGGACUCCAUCACCAUCAGCAUCCAUAAAACUGGAACAGUUGACCGUCGAGUCAAUGACUGUAUUGGAAGCAGGAGAACCACGGUGAUGUAACAGUAGCAGUAACAGACCACCAUCACCACCCUAUUCUGUGCAUCUACAAUGCUGCACACGUGGAUCAAGUUAGCAUCAGUGGAAACUCCUUGGCCUGCACAUCCCUGUCUGUCACCCAUGGAAUGGGCUGCCAUAAUAGGGUUAUAUUGACUUUGGAAGACUUCAUUUGAUUUCAGGAGUCCAAAAACAGAGGGAGAAGGUGCUGGAGUCCCUUUGACUGAGACAUCAAUUGAUACCCAAUGGAAGCCUCAAAGUGUGGGGACUCGGGAGAGAUGAGGAAUGAGAUUUUAUGUACAAUUCUCUGGUUUAGGGCAGUGGGGAACUGCUGUAUCAUAUCUGGUUUGAAUAAGACACUCUAGCUCUUUUUGGCUGUAAGAGGAAGACCUUGAUGUCAGGCAACACCUUGGCUGGGAAGGGUGCUCUGGAGUUUCAUUUUACUGUUUGUUGAUUAAUGCUUCUGACUUUUAGCUUUAACACUGCUCCUGCUGACAAAUCUAAGCCUUAUUGUUGCUGGGGCCCCACAUAAAUAUUUGAGCCUAUAGAAAAGAGCAAAAGGAUAUAAAAAGAAAUGGCAAGGUUAAGAAGCUGAGCUCCCAGGCCCAGCCUACUUUCCACCUUCCCAUCAAAAUGGGACUCUGGCUCGGCUAUAUUGGUGACAUCUUUCUAGAUGGUAAAAAAGCUGCUGAAGGACUUUGAGCAUUCUUGUCAAUGGCUUGGAAAGCAAUGGCUACAUAACCGUACAGACUGUCCAGUGCAUCUGCCAUGCUCUGCCUAGUUGGGUGUUCAGUAAUACCUCAGUCAGGGCUAUACAGGCAGCGGUUUGUGUGAGGAGCUCUACUUUUUGACAUGCUGAUUUUCCUGCAUGCACAAUGUUUUUGUUGGCAAUUUUUGUGCAGAAACCUUCAUCAUCAGUCCCAAAAAUAAGGAGCAUCACCUCUGUAGGAGAACUGGGCCUUAACAAUAUUAGUCUCUUGUGAUCCAGGUGUGCUGUUGGGGAGUUACUCCAGAUGCAAGCAGUUAAGAGGGAGUGGAUGGUGGUGGUGCAGUGGCUGCUGUGUCACUCCCAAGGAGCCAGUUGGGUGGGUGGGUGGUUGCUGGAAGCCCACAGUCUCAGAAACCUUCUCCCUUCCUGGAAAGAGAAGGGCGGUUUGUGCUGAGUCAAUAUCUUGAACUUCUCCACAAACCCUGGGCCCCUUGCCAAAACCACGUAUAACAGCAAUGAUUCUAGAGGGAGGGAUGCCUGGGCUGCCUGUUAUCGGAAGAAAUAGUUUGCUGAAAGGUCUUUGGGAUGAAGGAAGAAGAAAGAUGACCGCGCGCACACACACACACACACACACACACACACACACACACACCAGCAUCCAUUCAAUUUCCAGAUUUGCUUGCAGAGGAAAUUGUUCUCUGCUAAUAUUUGCUUUUCUUGGGAGGAGGAUUUGUAAUAUGGGAUCCUUACACUCAUCAAUGCUGUCCAGACCUGGCGCUCCUUGGAACCAAAUUCUUCCAAGUUGUAUGAUGUUUUAAAACUGAAGUCAAUGCCAUAAACAAAAAGAAAAAUAA